AUGGCAAACAGCGACAACAAUAUGGCGGCCACGGUUGACGGUGUGGGUACAGCGAAAAGAAGAGGGCCUGAAAGAGACGAAGCCCAAGAUGAAUCAUCGGACAGGUAGGUUAAAAAUUUCUAUGGACACUUUCAUGCUCGUUUGCGGUUUAUUUUCGACAAUUCGUCUCUUUUUUGGCCAAUUUAGUUCCGUAUCAAAUCCCGAUGUCAGCCGCCAUGUUUCCAACGAUAAAAAAACGUCUGAUUAUGGACAUGAUCAUAAGAAGAAGAAGAAAAAGCAUAAACACAAGCAUAAAACUCACAAACACAAGCACAAACGUCAUAAGAGGAAAGACAAGGAAGAUGCGAAUGAAAACGGGGAGCCCUCGGAGAAAAAGUCAAAGAUUGCGGACGAACUUCUGGAACUUGAAAGAAGGAAGGCUUUUCUGCAAGAACAGUUAGCGGAAGCGGCACGAAGCAGUGAUCAGCACUCACUUGAAGAUGAUAAGCUCCACGGAAGUAAAAGUGAGGAUUAUUUUAAGGAUAAACUGAAAGAGAAAUCGAGACACGAUAAUGCACGUGACAGGGACAGAAAACACAAGUCGUCAGACUCGAAGUAUAAAAUUUCUGAUGGCAAACUUAGUCACAAGGAUGAAAAUGAGAAAGGAAGGCAGCAAAGUCCAUCAAGAAAUAAAGAACGAAAGGAGGAUAGUAAAGGGAGUAGAAAACCAAGCAUUGAUUCCCAAAGGGAAGACAAAGUUCGCGAACAUUCUCAUCGUUCCAGGGGACAUAGUAGUAGCUCUCAUGAAACCAGCAGAGCUGAAGUGAAACUUAGGCAUGAAUCAAGUUCAAAGAGUAACACUGAAAAGGAGAAAACACUUCUCCAAGAGAAAGGUUCAUCCAAGGUUGAAACAAGCAGAAAUGAGAGUGCUAGAAAGUCAAAGUCACCCAAGCCACAUUCAAGAUCUAAAUCACCAAGAAGAGAUAGGCUUUCUGACAAACCAAAAGAGAUGUCAAGAGAGGCAAGGAGUCGAUCACCUAGGAGAGCUUCUUCAAAGGAAAAGCAAAGGAGAGAUGAAGGUGGUAGACGAAGCAGUAGAUCUCCAAAAAGGGACAGAAGGUCAUCUUCAAGAUCAAGAAGACGGAGUAAAUCACCAAGACGGAGAAGCCGAUCACCAAGGCGUCGCAGUCGUUCUCCAAGGAGGAGGAGUAAAUCUCCAAGACGGCACAGUAGAUCUAGAUCACCACGGCGACGGCGAAAUAGUGAUAAGUAUAAGGAUAGCUACUCUGAAGGACAAGCGCAUAAGGGAGACUCAGAUGGAGAGUAAGUUUUUUGUUACUAUUAUCCUUAUUUCAGCUGCAGAAAGUAUUUAAAAAAAUCACAGAACAGCGUGCAAAGAAAGUCGUGUCCGAUAGCCUGGAGCUUGUGGAUUUUUCAAUCGGGCUUGCGAAUAUCCUGUUGAAGUUUUUGGAGAAAUUCACAUUACAGAGGAACUGUAGUCAAUGCUGUUCAUCAAAAUAUUUUUGGGCUACUUAAAAGACUGUUGAGCUAGUACAUACUAGCAACAACUUGCCCGAAUGGCAAGCUGUAAAACCGACUUUCUUUGCACCCUGCAGAAGUUUGUUAGGAGGAGGCUUUUUUAAAGCACGAAUGAUUGAUCUUAUUCACACAACAAAACAAGAUCAAGGUUUGCGGGGACAAUUUCUUAACCGUAGAAUGCGGGUAAGGUCCAUUACAAUGUACCAUUUGAGUAGAUUGCAUUAAGCAACUUUGUUUGCUGAGCAAAGCCAAGGACACUUCAUUAUAAGUAAAGAAUUGUAAAGCUAUUAUAUUUUUGCAUUUAAGGGAAAGGUCUAUCUGAUAAAUACAUUUGGCAUACUGUUUAAUAUAAAAUUUGCUGGUGUUGCGUUUCAGUGUUGACUUAUAUAACUUUCAAAUGGAUGAGGAAGAGGAAGAAGACGAAGAUGCAAUAAUUGAGAAAAGAAGGCUUCAGAGGUUAGCCAUACUACAAAAAUACCAAGGUACAGCGUCAAACGCUCCUUCAACAGUCAACUCAGUUGUGUCGCAGUCACCUCCUGAUGAGCGGUCUGAUAGUGAGGACAGUGAUACGGUGGAGAAGCUUGCUACCGAGGACUUGGAAAAGGAAAUUGCACUAGCCAGUAGUCACACAAAGAAAGAACUGAAGGAUGGUAAAAAGGACAAUGACUCAAGUUCUGACAGUCAAGCAGAUAGUCAGAAAAAAUCGGCUGUUGGUGACAUGUUUGCGGAUGAUGAUAUGUUUUCUGAGAAUUACAAUGUAAGUGUUGUUUAGCAGACUGCUUUUUAUUAAGUUUUUUGUAACUUCAUAUGCAUGUGUACGUAAAUUUACAUAAGCUUCCAGUUAAAUUUAAGUCUUCAGUAGUUUUCCAGAUGUCACUUUUUAUUUUGUUUUAUUUCUUAUUUCUCAUGAUUUUUCCACAAUUAGAUUAAAUACAUACCUGUACACAAUUUUCAGAUGGAUGAGGAAAGCAAGCCCAUGGAAGCCAAUAAGGCUCAUGAAAAGGACCACCUUUAAAAAUAUAUGACUAAAUUAUGAAAUAAAACAAUGGCAGAAAAUUCUAAUCUGUAGAUCUUAGUUUCUGACUUUUUUUGGCAGAGGGUUAAUUACCAAAAAUUGCUAUUAUUUUUGUAGAGUCCAGCACGAGCACUGAAGUUAGAAGCAGGGAAAGAAAAUCCAAACCUAACAGACAACUGGGAUGAUGCAGAUGGAUAUUACAGUAAGAUUGUCUUUUUCUAUUCUUCUUUUCCUAACCCCUUAAUCCCAACUAAUUUUGGGCAUGAAAUUCUUUCACGUUUUCCAGUUUGGGUGCAAAUUAAUUUUACUCUGGGAAAAAGCUGUCCGAGUAUUGUCAUCCAAAUUUUGGCCACAUUUGUUUGAAUUGUCAUUGAUGUGUAAGUAGUAAUAACUUUUUCACUUUUCAAUCAUUAUCGGAGGACUCCAUGCAAAAGUGUCCACUUCAAAUAGGACUUACAUAUGCGUGAGCAGAGGACAUUAUUGCUUGGAGCCCUGUUGAAUGUAAAAUUAAUACAAACAAUUUCUUUGGUGCAUUUUCUUCAAGGAAUUCGCAUUAGUGAAGUUCUCGACAAGCGUUAUUGUGUGUAUGGAUACACUGGGGCAGGAGUGUUUGGUAAUGUUGUACGUGCAAGAGAUCAAGCCCGGGGAAACCAAGAGGUUGCUGUGAAAAUCAUCAGGAAUAAUGAGAUGAUGUAAGGCCGCAUUUUUUUAUGGGUUGUGAACUGCCUGAUGCUAGAAUUCUUAGUUCCUGCACAAGAUUCUUUGUUCACUUCAGUUCUAACUGAAUAUGUGUGGAAAACCCUUUUGCACUUUUGUCAAGACAAAGCUAUGACUAUUUCUUGUCUGCUUAGAUGACACUACCUAUCAACAGAAAGUAUCAAAAUUGACCAAUCAGAGGGUGUAAAAGAUUCCAGAUUUUCACUUGCUCCAUUUUUUUCCCAUGCUCCACUAUCUGAAUUCUUGGAACAGGCUGUGACAAAUUAAGACCUUCAGGUAGCAAAUACAUCAUUUCUUUUGUGUGGACUACUGAGCCAUAGGUGAGAACAAUGUGUGGAUUAAAUCCUUAGUUAUUAGUUUUUACACUGUGCAGUGUAUACUGUACUUAGAGGCAUGUUAGUGUGGACUUCAACCCUUUAAGCCCCAAUAUCAAUUCAUUAAUUCUUCAGACUGAUCUCCAUUCAUUUCCUUAAAGAAAUGGUUGAGAGAAUUUGUGUAAAGAUCAAACCAUUUUCUCUUAGGUGAUCAGUUGGUUAUUCUCAUAGCCUNCUUCAGUUCUAACUGAAUAUGUGUGGAAAACCCUUUUGCACUUUUGUCAAGACAAAGCUAUGACUAUUUCUUGUCUGCUUAGAUGACACUACCUAUCAACAGAAAGUAUCAAAAUUGACCAAUCAGAGGGUGUAAAAGAUUCCAGAUUUUCACUUGCUCCAUUUUUUUCCCAUGCUCCACUAUCUGAAUUCUUGGAACAGGCUGUGACAAAUUAAGACCUUCAGGUAGCAAAUACAUCAUUUCUUUUGUGUGGACUACUGAGCCAUAGGUGAGAACAAUGUGUGGAUUAAAUCCUUAGUUAUUAGUUUUUACACUGUGCAGUGUAUACUGUACUUAGAGGCAUGUUAGUGUGGACUUCAACCCUUUAAGCCCCAAUAUCAAUUCAUUAAUUCUUCAGACUGAUCUCCAUUCAUUUCCUUAAAGAAAUGGUUGAGAGAAUUUGUGUAAAGAUCAAACCAUUUUCUCUUAGGUGAUCAGUUGGUUAUUCUCAUAGCCUUUACUAUUGAAAGUCUAAUUGAUAUUGCAAGGAGAAGAUUGAUUUUGGUCACUCUUGGGACAGAAAGGGUAAAAAGAGAGGCACCGCAUGUAUAUCAAAACAAUGAAUAUUUUAUUGGAUUUUUGUUGUAUCCAUUUUAGGCACAAAACUGGCCUUAAAGAGUUGGAAUUUCUAAAGAAGUUGAAUGCUUCUGAUCCAGAUGACAAAUACCACUGCUUGCAAUUGUUUAGGCAUUUCUUUCACAAGAAUCAUCUUUGUCUUGUGUUUGAAUCACUCAGGUUAGUACUACUUUUGACUUUUUAGGUUUUCUUUAGUGUCAAGGUUGUGCCUAACACCAAGGAGUGCAAGUCUUAUCUUGCUGGCCAGUGGUGUUGAAAUAUGUGCAUGCUCCAGGAUCCCACCACAGCACACAGAGCAUUGCAGUGUUGGAACAACGUUGAAACCAUUCCAAACAAUGUCAUAACAAUGUUGCAGUGCUGUGUUGUGCUAAAAAACGUUGUUGUGAAUCGUCUUGUGUAACAUCACCUUAAGAGACAGCUCUGAAUCUUGUUUGAUGGUUUCUUUUAUCUCUCAGUAUGAACUUAAGGGAAGUGUUAAGAAAGUAUGGUCAGAAUGUUGGUUUACAUUACAAAGCAGUGCGAUCAUAUAGUCAGCAGCUGUUCCUUGCUCUGAAGCUUAUGAAAAAGACAGGUAUCAUCCAUGCUGACAUUAAACCUGACAACAUCCUGGUAAGGAAAAACGUUUGUAUAUAACGAAGUGUAAUAUUCCAUUUUUACUAGUCUGUGUACAGACUCCCCCCUCCCCCUCAGAAAAAGAGGGGGGGUGGGGGUGUAUGUACACAGGCUACAUUUUUACCAGCUUUUUUAAGGGAAUGAGUGAAGGGUUUGUACUUGUCAUGGGAAAUCUGGAAAGUCAUAAAAUUAAGAAUUUCAUUUUCCAGGCUUGGAAAGUACUGUAAUUUAAUUGCUUGUCCUGGGAAAUCAUGGAGAAUUAGAUAUUCGGCACAUGUAGAUUAGUUACUGCAGAUUUCAAAGCGAGGAAAAUGUAAAAUAGAGAUGGGUAAUUAAAUGGCAUAUAUUUUGAUGGACAUCAGAGUUUGUGCCUAUUGAACUGUGUUAGAUCAAAAGAUACCCUAGGGUUUUGAAAAUAAUAUUUUCGAAAGUGACUGGCAAACCAUAGAUUAUGGAAAAUAAAAGGGUGAUGGAAAAAGUCAUGGAAAGUUGUGGAAAUUUGAAAAGCUCAAAAGAGUAUGAAACCUGAAGUCCGUGUUUGAUUAGGGCAAGGGAUAUCUAGAAGUUUUUAAGGUCAUUUUUGAGUCCUAAAUAAUUCCUUGUGAAAUAUUAUUCUAUGUCUUUUCUAUAGGUGAAUGAAUCUAAACUGGUGGUAAAACUAUGUGAUUUUGGAUCAGCCUCAUUUGCUUCUGAUUGUGAUAUUACUCCUUACCUAGUCAGUCGUUUCUACAGAGCGCCAGAGAUAAGUAAGUUGUUCUGAAUGCUUUUCAGAUCUUGGCUAUUUUCUACAAUCCACUGUUGUUUCAGGGCUUGUUUGUGCAACACACAUGAGCCGAAGAAAAGUGGCUAAGCUUUCAGAUUUUACAUUUUAUUAACUUUGAAAAACGGUGACCUCGCUGUUACUUAAAUUUUGCUCACCCAUGUUUUCUUUUUGCUUUUCUGUAUUAAAUUUUCUCCUAGUCCAUUCUCUUUUUCAGUUUUGAGAAGUGAUAAUUUUGAUACUUCAGUCAACAGUGUCAUUGUUUUGUCAAAUUAGUAGUGUUCCUUAGAUCUAGUAUUGGGUGUUUCACUUCCUAACAUACUAACAGUUUUUUCUUUGUUUAUUUGUUUUUUGUUUGUUUGUUUUUUGUUAGUUAUUGGAGCAAAAUAUGACUACAACAUAGACUUGUGGUCAGUGGCAACAACAUUAUUUGAGCUGUACACUGGAAAGAUAAUGUUUUCAGGGAAAACCAACAAUGAGAUGCUGAAGUUGAUGAUGGAUUAUAAAGGUAAAAUGCCCAACAAAAUGAUCCGUAAAGGAGCACUGCGGGAAAGCCAUUUUGAUGAAAACUGCAACUUUCUGUACCAUGAAGUGGACAAGAUCACUCAGAGGGUAAGACUGAUUUCUUUUCCAGAUUGUAGUAGAAUCUCCAUUGAGUGACCUUUCAGUUUCUUCAACCUCCCUUACAAUUGAAUCUACCCCUCCCCAGUCAACGACUGUAAUAUUAUUUUUCCCUCCCAUUUCUUACCGUCAUGUCAGACCUUUUCCCUUUUCCCCCUGGAGGAUGAAUAAAUCACGAUUCCACAAUAAAUAUUCCUUGAUGACACUACUUGUAACAAAGUAACAUGACGUGCUGAAACAUGAUAUUUGUGUUACAGUUUUUUGAAAAAAACUUAAAUCUUAGUCUGUCAUUUGACAAGGAGUUCUCAAAUUAGUUAUUUAUCUUGCCCAUCGCAGUUGCUUGCUUGUUUUAUUUUGUAUUAUCAUGUUAAGAUGACAGGACUUCCCCCAAGGCCUGCAUUACAUGCACUGUAUAUGAAGUCCUAGAAAUGAGUGAAAAAAAGGUUACUAACAUUAUUAUUAUUCAGAAUGGACUUUUGAAGUAUUUUCUACUUGUGAUGUGCUGUGUAUAUUGUUGUGUGGUGAGACAAAAGCAGCGGUUUUAGCAGUUCUAGUGGUUGGAUGUACUCAUUAUUAUGCUCACCUCUUAUCUAGAAUAAUGGUUCCAAAAGGACAUUUAACCAUAGUAUGAUUUCAUCUCAAUGGUACAUCUUGUAUGCUUUGUGUACAGUUUUUGCAUAGUAUACAGAUUAUGCCAUCUGUUGCAUAACCUGUUCACUGUGCAAAUUGGCCACUUAAGAAAUGAGAAGGAAAAACUAGGCUGAGUUAACUUUCAUGAAGACUUCUGGCUCUGUUACUGGGGACAAGUAAAAAAUAUUGGCCAUUAGCUGAGAGAUGUAUCCCCAGUGAUGAUACCAGAAGUGAAAAUUAACUCGGCCCAGUUGAAUCUUUCUUGUUUCCAAUGUGGUGAAUAGAUCCGCAGAGGUGGAACAGGUAGAAAGCUACAUGUGGGCAACUGUUUUUGCCUUCCCAUCUUCAAGACAGAUGAUAAAGUUGCAUCAGAACCAGUUGCACUACAUCUUUUAAACCUUCUGAAUUAUUCUGAGUAAAACGUGGCAUACUGUGGCCUUUGUUUAUAAUAAAUAAUAUUGAAGGAAAAAUGGUAAUUCACUGUGAGUAUCAACUCAGUUGGUUAUUAAACCCUUUUACUCCUCCACUGAUGUAGAAACUAACUCCUUCAUCCAUAUUAACCCUUUAAGUCCAAAUAUUGACCAAGAUCAAUUUUCUCCUACCAAUAAAGUAUCAGUUCAUAAUCAAGAGAAAAGGUUAUGCUUUGAUCUAUUAUCAAAUUCUCUCAAUGAAUUCUUUAAGGAAAUGUGUGAAGAUCAGUAUGGAGAAUUUGUAUGUGAAUAUUGAGGCUCAAAGGGUUAAGAGCUUUAGUGGCUGCAAUCUUUUAUUGAUAUUCUAAACUCUUUCUUCCAGGAAAAGAUCACUGUCAUGGGCUCAAUAAAUCCUACUAAGGAAGUGGUGGAAUCUUUGUUGGGCUACAAAAAGCUGAACGAGGAACACAAACGCAAAGUUAUGCAGCUGAAGGAUCUGCUAGACAAGUGUCUAAUGUUGGAUCCAGCCAAGAGGAUCUCACUUAAUCAAGCUCUUACACAUCCAUUCAUCACAGAAAAGGUUUGA